AGGAAAUAGUAUUUUUAUUAGGAUGGUUCUUUUAAGGCUUUGUUUCCUAUUAGAGACUAUAAACAUGGAAAGUUAUAUAAUCAUGAGGAACGUAAAUGGUGAUUACAAAAUGUGAGGGUGUCAUAAGAAUAUAUUUGGAAUGGAUGGAGCAAGUGAAUGGUUGGAAUUUGCCCCAGCUGAUUGAUGUCAUGUGGGAAAAGUAGACAUUUAGUCUUGCUGUAUGUAAGAAAGGUGUUGAACAUUGCUUUAAAAUCAGUGCUUUAAAAUCAUUCAUUGCCACGGGUCUUCUACAGAGAUCUGAGUUUUCUGGAAUAAGGAACAAGUAUCUAUAUUUUUAUGUGAUCCUCCCGUUGGUUUUAAUGUGAUUGGUGUUGGGUUGAGUUAACAAGCACCCUCUGUGAGCCGGGUAUCACCUAAGUUAGUAUUCAGAAUAAUUUGAUUUAGAGAAGAAAGAUUUCCCCAAAGCCAGGAUCAUCAGGAGAGGAUUUAAGAGAAGAGUGGAUUUAAGCAGAGGAGAAAUGUUGUAGAAGAGGAAAGAUGAGACCAGUUAAAUCUGGAAUGUGGGAAAUUGGGAAAGUAAGUACUAGGUUUGGAAGACCAAGUCUCCUUAGAGGAAGGAGGUCUGAAAGGAGAGUAUGAGAAAAUUGUGCAGCAGAAACAGACUAUUGGACUUGGUUCUAGGGCAUCAGUGUCACACAGAAGGCUUAAGAAUGCUUGCAGUGGGGGCCCACUCCCCUAGUCAGAAUGCCUGGAGUGGGGCCUGAGCGUUCCCUCUCACAGGUACUCCUGGUCUGGUUUGGGAGAUCACUGUGCUAGGACGCGGAGGAAUUUGAACAGAAGAAGCUAGAUUCAUGUUCCAAGAUGGAUCUUACUGAGCAGUCCAAGGGCACUGGAGAAAGAGUGGAGAAGGGCAGUGUUUCUCAUUCUUGAUCAGCACGAACUUGGCACCAGGUCCUGCCCGAGUGCACAGCCAUUAUUCACACUUGCUAUUCCCCUGGCCUGCUUAUAUUUGCACAAGAAGAGCCUGAGACCAUAAGAGGGCUCAGUUACCAGUGCUAGUCUCACUAAUGCUGCAGAUUUCCAGAGCAAUGAAUAACAACAUUUAAUGGUGAGAGGGUCCCAGCACAAAUUGACCUCAGAGUAGAAAUUUGGACAUGUGACUCUUUCUGGAAAUAGUGAAAGAUAAAGUAGACAGGAACCUCAGAGAAGCCCUCCCGAGGCAGUGAGUGUGUUCUGUGUUACCCUCACUUAUCAGCGACCACCUUAACCACUCUGUAAAACCAUUUUAAAACUUGAAAGGGAGAGGUGAAGCUUUGAGCAGGGGUGGAGAUGAUAAGCAGGCUAGUGGUAUCUGACAACAUAGUUUCCAAAUCAAAAUCAGUUACACACCGGGUGAUUGUGUGGCCUGUGUGUAUUGUACUAUAUCAUAGACACUGAUUGGGUUUAAAAUGCCUUUUCUUGUCAUGGUAAUUACUGACAUUAAGAAUAUUCACUUGCUCAGUUCCAAGACAAAUAUCCCAAGUCAGGCCCUGCUGCUGAGCAAACUCCCAAUGCAGAAAAGUGGGUAUGGAUCAGACUUUUAAAGGAAAAACACACAUUUACAAGUGUUCUGCUUUCAAAAUAUCAAUUAGCAGUCAGUGUAAUGGAGUUAUGGACUAACGUAAAAUUAUUACAUAUAUUCUUUGAUUCUGCGAACGAGCUAUAGAUACAGAGCACCCAUGGUUUAUAGUAGACUGCCAUCUUAAAAGUUACCACUGUACAUUGUGAUGAGGGUUGUCAGGCUGGGGGAGUAAUCACACUAUGGUUCCUGGAGGAUGAAGAGGGUUUUGUGAGAUAAUGAGAAAGAGCAUGUCCCACAUGGAAAGACUAUGGUGACAGCCACUCUGGGAAAGAGCGUAGCUGCCUCUGGAGUCUGUACACACAGAAUGGAGACAGCAGGAAAGCAAAGGUUGAGGAGGAGGGGGUGUCAAGAAUUCAUGGAGGAAUAUAAGGUAUUUAUGUCAUCACUGCUUGCCUGGAUUGUAAACUUGAUGCCACCAGGAGUCAUUUCUGACCCAUAUGCCAGUACAUUCCAAGGUCUAGCCCAGGGCCCUGCAUAUGGUAGCUUCUGCAUAAGUAUUUAUUGACUGUGCCAUUGCACAGUCAUAGAAGAAAACAUUUUUAUUUUUAAGGUAAGGCAGGGGGAGCCUUGAAGGUAGGUUUGAAGGAGAGUAUAUGAGCAUGAGAUGCCUGAUAGCGUGGAGGAUGAGUAGAGAAUGUGUGAGAGGUGGCGUUGGUAGACUGUGGGCUUCCAGACUUCACAGUGUACUCAUUGCAGGCUGCGGUAGAAAACCAGAAGAAACAGUGCUCGGGAGGAUUAUCUAUAAAAGGGAUACAUGUUAUCGAGUGACAUUUGUGUUUCAUGCAUUCGUGCAUGUGUAUUGUAAAUAUAUGUCUUAUAGCAUACACAGCUUGAAACCUACAACAUUAGAGAGAUGUGGAUAAUGGAGAAGAAAGAAUAAGUCACUUUUGUGAAAAGUAGAUGUGAACUUAAAAUGUUAUUAUCUGUGUAACUCUCUCAGGGGCAGUAUGAUUAAGUUUUGUUCCUGUAACAAAGCAAAGGUUUAUUUUGGUUCAGUUUUGGAGACUGAUUCAUGGCCAACUGCCCCUGUUGGCCCUGUGGUAGCACAGUGAUUGUGGUGGAAGUGUGUGGCAGAGGAGCUACCUGCCUCAUGGAGCCAGGAAUGAAGGAAAGAAGGGGCUGGGACUCUAAUAUCCCUGUUACGAGAUCCCCAUGGCACAGCUUCUGAGAGGUUCCACUUCCUUAAGGCUCUACUGCUCCUAAGAGCACCAAGGGCUUAGCACCAAGACUCUCGCACAUGGACCUUUAGUACUUUUAAGAUCCAAAACAUAACAAGAAGCAUUGACAGCUUAUUUCAGUAUUUAUGUCUACUUAGUAUUUUUCACUGUAUAUUAAAACUCUGGCACCCUGGUUUAUUAGGUAUGACAGUACUUUGUAGUAGGCAACUAAACGUUGUAAAUACCACAGAAUUCUGCGUUUUAAAAGUGCUUAGUCUACAGAUUGUAGGAUGAAGCUUUCUGUCAAAACUCAUGACAACUGAACAGUUUGGUAUGGUUAAUGGCUACAUUCUUUGGCUUCUGCCCUUCAGGCAAAGGUGCUUAGUUACAAGAGCAAGCGAGAAGCCCUUCUUCCUACUUAGACCAUUUUGUCAGUAUAAUGGACAGAAUCUGCUAGAAUGUCAAUAAAAUUACAAACUUAUUUUUCUGUCCUGCCUGUGACAUGUAUAUUAAAGAUAAAAAGUUGUUCAUUAGGCUAAGUUAUAUUUGCAUUUAAGAAAUGUAGUAUCCCCUUUAAAUCAGUUUAAUUAAAUAAUGGGGCUAUGUGGAUUUAUUGGGUGUGACUUUUCUGUGAAAUGAAGAACAUUUUAAAAUGCUUAAAAUUUAGUCUGUUCUGUACCUAACUCAUUAUUGGGAAAUCAUGUUGACUUUCUAAAUUUGACAAAAGUAAAAAACAAAUUGUAAACAAUGAACAUCCAGAUGUAACAAUGAUAGAUCCAAAUGUGAAGGCUGUGUAACUUUCUCUUGAGGUCUUAGCGUACAGAUCUGUGUUUAUAAAAUCCCACCACUAGUUGUGAGGCCUUGAGCCUCCACCUCACAGUGCUGAGCUUCUUCACUGUACAGCGGGGCUCCUUUGUUGUAGGAUUAUUGUAGGAUUAGUUAGGAAAGUACACGUAGAACCUCAUCAUACUGCACAUGAAGUGAAGCAGAGCUGUUGCUGUCUGCCGUUCACAUAGUCCCAAGAGAUGGGGCGCACAGGGUGGGCUGAGGGGAGAUCAGCCUUAAACAGCCUGGAAGGUGUCAGAAGAAUCUGGAUAAUUUUGUUAGUUUACUGGGGGCAGGUAAAAUGAUGCCGUUAGUUAUUUCUUAGUUCUUGUUUCUCACUUCAAGGACUUUUAAGCCCUGUCUGGGUAUGAAAGAACUGCCUCCAGAGCAAACUGAUCAGAUAGUUAGCACAGGGUUGUCUAAGAACGCCUGCUAUUAAUUGUUGUGAUAGUACAUCGCAUGCAUGACAUUCUCAGUGAAUAAAAAUACUAUCUUAAGAUUGUUUUAGGGAACUGCUUUUUAUAUAUGUUAAAGGAAGCUACACUGUCUUAAUUAGACGGUUUUUAUCCAUUUUGUUUAGAGAAUUUUCUUGUAUUAUGAAUAGACACUUCGAUCUGGUAAAGUUCUUGUUGUGGGUUUGGUUCUUUCCAUAUUUUUAUAUUUCUUCUCUGGAAGCUUGGUUAGAUGUCAGAGAUGUCUCGAUUGACGGUAGGUGCUUGGAAGAGCAGUGUGUGUUUGUAAAGGUUCUCUGCUCACACAGGCUUUAUUGCCAGUCAAGCUCUUCCCCAUAGGCUGAGUUCCACUGAUGAGUCUAAAGAACCGUUUUGAAAGUUGGCCAUGUGCCAGGCCCUGCUCUAGAGUCUGAGGAGGUAAAGACUACAUGCUGUCCUUUCUCUGGGAGGACCAUCAGCUGACCAAGGAGUGCUGAGACCUGGUUAAUAGAUUUCAAGACAAAGCAACGAAUAUUGUGUUGCAGAUAUGAACAGAAAGUUGUGGAACUAGCAUGGUUGACAAGCAUGGCUGACGAGCACUUUUAACUGCCUGGGAGGGUCUGAAGGAAUGCUGGGUGAAGCAAGGGUGCUGUCUGUCAGUCAAAAUAAAAUUUCUGGCAGUGGCCCAUUGGGUAACACCUUUCAUGGUGUGGUUGCAUGUCCAAAUCUGAUUCUGAUAAAAAUAAUGGCUAAAACACUAGCCACCCUUUCACCUUGCAUGUAGUUCCUUUUACUAGUUUCUUUUUUGGAAGAUAUGCUAAUAUUGUGUCUAAUUUGGAAGUUGACAUGCACACAUAUUGAAUGUAACACUGAAGGUUACAAUAAAUAGUAAAAGACUCAUCAAGUUGAUUCCUGGGUUAGGAAGAGAUCUAAAUGAGGAAUGAAGGGUCAUAGGUUAUGGCAAAGAUAAUUAAAUCAUGAGUGGUUACUAGACAUUUCUCAUUUUAAAAAAAUAUAAAUUUUAAUCUUUAAAAAUGAUUUAGUGGUUGCUAUAGCAACUGUAUUAGUUUCCCAUUGGUGGUGUUAGUGUAUAGCAAAUUAUCACACAUUUAUUUUCUUAAUAAUUAACUGAUUUAUGGGGGAGGGCACACAUGCCAAGUCAGGCAUGUGGAGGUCAGAGAGCAGCUUAGUAGAGAUGGCUCUCUCCAUCGAUUUUUACUUGGGUUCUGGGAAUCAAAGACAGGUGAUGAGGCUUGCCUGCUAAGCACCUGUACCUGCUGUAGUAUCUGGCUGGCCCAACACUUUUAUUGUCUUAGAGUUUAGUUAGUCAUGCCUGACACAGGUUGAAGUAGCUAAAAAUCAAGGUGUUGAUGGCCUUUAUGCCACCCUCUUUUCAGUGACUGCUGCUUCUGGUUUUCUCAGCCUCUCCUCCAGUCAGUCAGCCUUCACAGGUUGUCUCACUCUGUUUACUCCAACCUCAGAGAGCCGACUGGGCCUCCUGAUGUCCAGCUGUUCUUUUUUUCUGCCUUUCUCCUCAUUUUAAAGGUCGUGGUGAUGCUACGGAGUCAACUCUUUCUUCACUAGCACCCUGAAUUCUAUGAGCAUAUUUCAGUUCCCCUUUGUAAAGUAAUAUAUGUUCUGAGAGUUGAGGAAUUCAGACACAUGGGCACUGUCAGAGAUGUCAUUAUCAUACACUAUAACAUUAGGCUGCUUUUUAACAAUAUGGUCUGCCAAAAGCAGAUUAGAAGCACGCCACGAUAACCCUGAUGUAAGGGAAGUUUUAUUUUAAAAAAUGCUCUCAACUUCAAUCCCUAAUCAGUUUUUGGUUGGUUGGUUGUUGGUUUUUUUUUUUUUUUUUUGGUUUUUUGAGACAGGGUUUCUCUGUAUAGUCCUGGUUGUCCUGGAACUCACUUUGUAGACCAUUGUGGCCUCGAACUCAGAAAUCCACCUGCCUCUGCCUCCCAAGUGCUGGGAUUAAAGGCAUUCGACACCACUGCCCGGCUUCUAAUCAGUUUUAAAACAAGCUUGUAUCUCAUGGAUUUAAAUAACAUGUAAACAUUGGAGAUAUCCAAAUUAUGUCUGAGCUCUGAUUUUAGCACCAAACUUAAGACUGAAAUGCAUCUGCUAUCUCAGUUAGAUAUCCAGUGGGCCUUCUUAAAAAUUAAAUCUGGAGGUGGGAGAUGGCUUAGAUGAUAAAGCAUUUGCCAUCCAAGUGUGAGGGCUGGAGUUCAGAUCCUCAGCUCCCACAUAAACACCUCUCAGGCAUGGUGACAAGGCUGUAUUCUCAGCACACUAAGGCCCAUGGAGGGAUCCCCAAAUUGAGAUAGCUAACUAGACUAGCCAAAUGGUGAACAAAGUUCAAAUUAGAGACCUUACCUCAGUCUAUAAGGUGGAGAGCAAUCAAAAACAACAUUUGACAACCCUCAGCCUCCAUACACAUGACAUAUACAUGUCUGACCAUACCCAUGCACACAAACAUGUCCCCCAACAUACAAAAUACUAAAAAUAAAAAUUGAAGUCAUUUUAUCUAUCUACCUAUCAUACCUACCAACCCACCCACCCUCCUUCCCAUCCUAUCUAUCUUCUGGUCAUAGCUCAAACCUUACCUCCCAUUCUUCAGCUUCCUACGGCUCAGGGUAGACCUUUACCUGAGCUUUAACAUCUGCAUCGCACAUCUGGUAUGAGAACAGCUCCUUCAGAGUUCACAUGGAGUUUGAGCAUCACCUGUACUUGGUCCAGGCCACCAUCUCUUCGCAGUUACAGUAAUUCCUGCACUGUUUUCUCAUCUUGUUCUACAUCUCACUCCCUGCUACCUACUUGGGAAUUUUACAUGAAAUAGCCAGAAAUUCUAAAAACAAAGCACAACUAAACAAAAACAACAACAAAAAGAAACCAAACAGUAAUGAGCUGGAGAGAUGGGUCAGCAGUUAAGAACACUGGCUGCUCUUGGAGAGGUGCUAAGUUCAAUUUCCAGCACCCACAUGGUGGCUCACAACCAUCUGUCAUGGCUUCUGAUUCCCUCUUCUGUGGUCAUGAAAACAAAGCACUCUUAUACAUAGGAUAGAUAGAUAAAUAAAUAAAUAAAUAUGUAUAAUAAAUUCUUUGUCCUGCCUUCCCAUCUCACGCAUUUAGUACACUCAUCUGUCUGUAAAGCCUGUGUCCAUCCUGUCUUUGACUGUCUCUCCUGAACUUUUCCCUGUAGCUCAUUCAGAUCCAGCCACAGUGACUGACAGACUGACAGACAGUACAUUGAUUUUCUCCUAAGAACAUAAACUCCAUGAUGGCAGUAACACUUUUUGUUGCUGCUGUAUUCUCAGAGCCAGACUAAUGCAUGACACAUAGUAAAUGCUUAAACAGUUAUUCAGUGGAUGCUUCAUAAUCUUGGUUUGGGGUUCCCCUCUCCCCUUACUCCCAGUAAGACCUUUUAAUACAAAAGGACAUAUUUUACAUAGUUCUAAUUUGCUUUCAGACAGCAUGUGAGAAGUAAGUUCAGAUCAGCUGUAUCUUGUCUCUGUGGUUGUUUUAAAGUAACUACCGCAUACCUGAUGUGUCAGCUUUAUGGAGUCUAACGUGCAGGAAGUUCUUUAAUCUGGUUUCUGUUUUCUAUCCCUUAAUGCCACACCCAAAUCUAUGUUCUCCACUUCUCUUUUGUUUCCUCACUAAGGACUCUUUCUCUCAGGUUUCUCAUUCUGUCCUCUUUUGCUAGAGUCUCAUCACUCCUCAAUUCUCACGGUGCUUCUACAUGUUAUAUGACUGUACAUUGCUGCUGCUGCUGCUACUACUACUACAACAACUACAACAACUACUACUACUACUACUACUACUGCUACAACAACUACAACAACUACUACUACUACUACUGCUACAACAACUACAACAACAACAACUACUACUACUACUACUAUUACUAUGAUUGAUUGUGUUGCCCUUGACAAUAGACAAAAGGUAGUUUGGGCCUCAGUUUUUUGUCCCGGUUCAAACCUCAUCUCUCAUCACUAGUUUUGUAUAUCCAGAUCUUCUGCCUUCACCGACUUUCCCAAUCUUCUCUAGUAUGGCAAGGACUAGACCAAGUAGCUACACUGGAUUUACACAUUUAAGGCCUCAGCCUGGAAAACCUGCCCCAUCCUUCUAUAGCAUUUUUAUUCUUUUAGACUUAGUCCUGGCAUUGACUCCCCAGUGACUUGAAUUCCUCAGUGAGAGUUAGCUCCUGUGAUAGUGACUUUUCCCUUAGCACUUUGUGCUUUGGGCCGUUGCUGUUUUGUUUUGUUUUGUUUUGUUUUGUUUUGUUUUGUUUUGUUUGGACAUGGUGUGUCUUAUUUCAUGAGCUCUUGAAGUACUAAGGCUCCGUCACUGAAGAAAAUGAAGUAGUAAACUGCAGUAGGUUGACUAAGAAUCUCCAUAGGAUAUGUCCAUGUCUUAACCCCUAAACCUGGAAAUGUGACCCUACUUAGAAAAGCAGUCUUUUUGUUGGAAUUUAGCAAUUACUUCCAACAUUAUAGUAAUUUGUUACAACUUGUGUGAGGGGCUAAGUUGAAGAUUAAAGCAGAUGGCUCUUAUCUGUUACUGUUCUCAUCAUUGAUCAAAAUGCCAGAAAUGGGUGACUUAGGGGAGGAAAGCCUUAGCUUGGCCUUUGUUCCAGGUGAUCUCAGCACAUUAUGGUGAGGAAGACAUGGUGGCUGGAACAGAUGAUGGGACUCCUCAUAUCACCCAGGCAUACAGAAGGUCAGAGCUUGGGACCAGAAGCAAAGAGAACCAAUUGUCAAAGCUUCUCCCACAGCCAGGUUCCACAUCUUAAAGGUUCUACAACUUCCUAAAACUGUCAGCAGUUGGGGACCAAGUAAUUCCACACAGGAGCCAAAGGGACCGGGUCAGAUUUAGGCUGGAGUAGCAGGAGCACCUAGCACCAUUUCUGUCACCAUCUGUGUUUCACUGUUAUUCAAUGAUUUGGGAACUACAUAUUCUCAGGAAAGGAUGACUGAAUAAAAACAGUUCUUGCCCGUGAAAUCUCUGUCUAGUUAUACUGGUAGUGUUGAUAAGAAUUGUAUAUAAGAGUAUGCUGAAAGAAGCCUUUAAAGACAGAUUCCUCUUAAUUUUUAAAGGAUUUAUUUUAAACAAAUAUAUAAGUCUAGUGUGGUGAUGUACACCUUUAAUCUCAGUACUUUUGAAAGGCAGAGGCAGGUGGAUUUCUGAGUUUGAGGCCAGCCUGGUCUAUGGAAUGAGUUUCAGGACAGCCAGGGCUGCACAGAGAAACCCUGUCUCAAAAGCAAACAAACAAGAAGUACUUUAAAAGUACUUUAUUAGUAUGGGUGUUUGUUGGCAUGAAUGCCUGAGUACUUGUAUGCAGGACUCAGAGGUCAGAGAGGGUGUAUGAACCCCUGGAACAGGAGUUCGGACACUUGUGAUCGGCCAUGUGGGUGCAAUCCAGGUCAUCUGGAAGGGCAGACAGUGCUGUUAACUACUAAGCCAUCUCAUUAACCCCUACAAUUUUUAUUUUUUAAUUCCAUAUUGUGUGCAUAUGUGCAAGUGAGUGCAGAAGAGGGCAUCGGAUCCCUUGUAGCUGGAAGUAGAGUAGUAGUGAGUGCCUAGUGUGGGUGCUAGGAGUGAAACUUGAGUCCUCUGGAUGAGCCGAUGUGCUCUUAACCACUGACUCAUUGUCCUGCCUCCCACUUUUUUGUUGUUUUAAGUAUGUGCAAGGUAGUGAUGGGUGUUUAAUACUUUUUACAUACUUCUAAAAAUUGUCCUUUUACCUCAGUAUUUUCAGAGACUGUGUUUCCUCCUAGAAGACUCAGAAGUCACACACAUAGUCUCACCAAAAAGACUGUCUAAACAUUAGCUGAACAAGGACAACAAUAGACAUCCUGACUUGGACGGCAAAGCUCACAAGGCCUCCACCGUAUGGCAAGAACUACAGGCAACUCAGGACUGCUGAGAGAGGGAGAGAGAGCCUUCCCCAGGGAAGAGCACACCGAUUGUCUAUCCAGAACCAAAUGGCCAUUCAUAAAUCACACUAAGUCAGAAAGUAUCCGGUUACAGACAAAAUGACUAUUUCCACGCUGCUACUUUCUCCUAAUCGGCGUUUACUAACCUGCCUCUCAAGAGUGCCUUCCCCAUGGCUCCUUCACUCAAGUCACCCUGCACCGGGACCCCCAGGUGCUCUGCCAAACUGUUUUGGACACCAUUGUACUAAGAGGGUGCUACUGUCUGACGGCUUCAGGAGAACAUUAUGUGUCCAGGCAACCUUGAAGGACCACACAGAAGGACUUUCUGAUAAAGAACAAAGAUUUGUGGAUAGACUUUAUACGGGUUUAGUGAAAGGACAGAGAGCUUGCCUAGCGGAGGCCAUAACUCUCGUGGAAUCAACCCAUACAAGGAAGAGGGAGCUGGCUCAGGUGCUUCUGCAGAGAGUCUUAGCCCUCCAGCGGGAGCAGGAGCUGCGGAACCAAGGAAAGCCCCUCACAUUUCGAGACUGUCCGGGCCCCCUGGUGCAGGAAAAUCAACAUUCAUAGAAUGUUUUGGGAAAAUGCUGACUGAGCAAGGGCACAGGUUAUCUGUGCUAGCUGUGGAUCCAUCUUCUUGCACCAGUGGUGGGUCCCUCUUAGGUGAUAAAACCCGGAUGAUUGAGCUGUCAAGAGAUAUGAAUGCCUACAUCAGGCCCUCUCCUACCAGUGGGACUCUAGGAGGAGUGACAAGGACCACAAAUGAAGCCAUUGUGUUGUGUGAAGGAGGGGGCUAUGACAUCAUUCUUAUUGAAACCGUCGGUGUAGGGCAGUCGGAGUUUGCUGUGGCUGACAUGGUCGAUAUGUUUGUUUUAUUGCUGCCACCAGCAGGAGGGGAUGAACUGCAGGGCAUCAAAAGGGGCAUCAUUGAAAUGGCAGAUUUGGUUGUUAUAACUAAAUCUGAUGGAGACUUGAUUGUGCCAGCCCGCAGGAUCCAAGCAGAGUACGUGAGCGCACUCAAGUUGCUCCGUAGGCGCUCGGAAGUCUGGAGGCCAAAGGUGAUUCGCAUUUCUGCCAGAAGUGGAGAGGGCAUCACUGAGAUGUGGGACACAAUGAGAGAGUUUCAGCACCAAAUGCUGGCCAGUGGGGAGCUGGCUGCCAAGAGACAGACACAGCACAAAGUCUGGAUGUGGAAUCUCAUUCAGGAAAACGUCCUAGAACACUUCAAGACCCACCCCAGCAUCCGAGAACAGAUCCCCCUGAUGGAGAGAAAGGUCCUCAGUGGAGCCCUCUCCCCAGGACGAGCAGCAGACUUGUUGCUAAAAGCUUUUAAAAGCAGACACUAAUAAAUUUAUCCUGUGCGAUCACUUUGUAGAGUUUCCCUGAGUGCUGAAUAUCCAAAAUAUCACCUGUGUGUUUAUCUGUUACACCUGUGUAAUGCCCCAGCUGGGAACUGCUUGUAACCUUGAAGCUGUGGGUGGUGUGGUCAGACACACAGCAUCUAGGAGACCCUGCUGUGUAGGACUGGUUCCACUGUAUCCCUUCUUUAUGCCCUGACAUGCUAGCCUGCUAAGUAGUUUCUUCUCAAGACUCAAAAGUGGAGGAAGCUUGGGAGGAGAAAGAAGACCUUACAUUUUGAAAUGGUUACAUCAAGUCUCUGUUCUCUGAAUUGCCAGAGAAAAUAUAAGCCAGAAUGACCACAUUUCUGAAAACUUAUUUGAGGCCAGAACAACACACACCAGGUUUCUUGGAAUUGAAAGUCCUGAUUGGCAUUUAGUGUACCAGACUAUUCUAAGAAUUUCUGAAGUGGCCAUGUAUACUUGUAACAAGACACCUGGAAUGAUGUGAGUCCAGUUUUUAAACUCCACUUGGCUCGACUUGGUGCCCUCGCCAUGACAGCGGAAAGGGAAAAUGAGCUACAGAAUUGGGCCCCAAGUUCCCUAGAGACUCAGGUAGAAUUAGGACAGUUCAGGGUCACUCAGUUUGAAAAUUAUGAACUAUUUCUGUUUCUACUUGCCUUGGCCAAUUUACUUCACAUUAGACCUACUUUUGUGUGUGUGCAUAUGUAAGUGUGUAAACACACACUGUGUAUACUUGCGUGUGGUGGCAGCAGGUCAUCACUGGGUAUGUUUGUGUUCUACUGCUGUCCACUUGCUUUGUGUUUGAGACAGCAUCUUACUAUGUAGCCCUAACUGGCCUUGAACUCAUGCUGUAGAUCAGGCCAAUCUUGAACUCAGAUCCACCUGGCUCUGCCUCCUCAAUGCUGAGAUAAAGGUGUGCACCACCCUGCCUGGCUUAUCCACCUUUCUUUUUAAAAGAAAAUGUCUCUGAAUAUGAAACUUAGCAAUUCAGCUAGCCCCAGGGUCCUGUCCUCUCUGCCCCUACAGCAUUACAGUGGUGGAUUAUGGGUACAAAGCAUGAUACCCAGCUUUGUGUGGGUCCUGAGGUCCUAAGGGUCCUAAACUUGGACCCUUAGGCUUACAUAGCUAGCACUUUCCAAACUGAGCUGUGUCCCCACAGAAAAAAAAAGUACAUUUUCUUGAUGCUGAAGAACAGAUGAGGUCUACAGAGGAAGUACAUAGCAAGGACUACAAGGCUAACCUCUCAGGUUAGGCUUUGUGUUUAAACCAGACCCUAUCAACUACUCUAAGCCUGAACAUUGUAACCUAACAUGUAGGCUUCAGUUUCUUACCUGGCAAAAUGGGGUUGGUGGAUAACUAUGGAGUUGGUAAGGAUUAAAUUAUUCAGGAAAAUGAUUUCAUUAUCAUGGAGGCAUAUAGGAAAUAUUGUUUGCUGUUUUAUGCUAAAGUUGUGGAUCCCUAAAGCUACAUAAACCUUAUUUAUAAUUUUAAUUUCUCCAUGGUCUUAUUACUAUCAUCAUGUUCUGAUGAUAUUUUAUAAUUGCCUUUACAACCCCAGCUCUGCUUAAUUCUUUGAAUGACUUAAACUAUUUGAUGGUAGUUACAACUAUGUACAUUUGGGUAAAAUUAUUUCUAGGUAUAAAAUUUCUCCCAAAUAAAACACCCUUUCAGCAGUUUUACACAUACUGUAUUCUGGACUCUUUAGGAUAUUUUACACAAUGUGUCAGCAUUACUCUUUCCAACCAUACUGGUUCCUACCUAAAAUCAAAUUUGAGUGCUAACAAGCACUCAUUGAUAUUUAUGUAAGAUCUGUGUGCUUGGCAUACCUGUAUUAUAGAUGUAGGUUAUAAGAUGCUCAGGCAGGUGAGCCAGGAGAGUUUCUUGAUUUGAGAAAGGACCACCAUUAAACCUAUCAGAUGAAAACUGGAUGCUUAGAAAUGUCCAGAGUGGGCAUCUCAUAAUUUCUCUUAAAUAAGCUAUUGCAAGGAAUAACUACCUGCCCUGGUGGUAUCAGUAGUGACAGGGUGCCACUGCAUUGUAAAGAAAGCUAGAAGGGGUGGGUGGCUUCUAUCAGCACUAAAUUUAGCAAGGUGAUCUCCAUUUGAUCUUCAUACCCUUUGAAAUGACGCAUAUGUAGUUAUAAAACUAUGAAAUAUGCCCCUCCCCCUCCUGUGGCUCUUGUGCCACAGGCUGGGAGACACCAAACUCUCAAAGAUUUUUCACCCGUUCUUUGGUUUGCUAUACUACAGUAGUAUUUAUAGGGUUUUUUUCUUUAAGUCUGCUUCAUUUUACUAAGCUCAAUAAUUCUUGCCUUUCCAUUUGUCCCCAACAGGAGUUCUACAGUAGUUCUAUUGGGCAUCUGGCCUGUUCAAAUGCAGCAGUUUCGAAUUGCUGUGUGUUGAUGUAACUCUAUCACGUACCAGACAAGCAAGUUAGGAAAAUUAGUUCUCCACGUUUACCAAUUCUCUUAUCUGUAAAAGUUUGGUACAGUAGCUACUUUAGACAUCUCUCAGAGAAAUGAGAACUGACGUGGUUGGUACUUGACAAUGGGCAGGCAGUGGUUAAAAUGUUACACAUAAAUGUUCAUCAUAGCUCUCUCCCACUACAGACCUUCAGUUCCUUUCAGAUGGACCAGACUACUUAAUCUGAUAGUUGCUCAGUCUUCCCACAGUUAAGUGAAAAUGACGAUCCUGUGGUGGUUAUACUAAUUGUCAAUUUGAUGACUUUUUAAUCACCUAGAGACACAUCUCUGACCAUGUAUUUGAGGGCAUUUCCAGAGAACUUAGGCUGAAUCUCACAGUAAAUGUGAAUGCUACCAUCCCAUGGGCUGGAUCUGGAACUGAAUAAUAAAGAAAAAGCCAGCUGUUUGACCAAUCACUUGUGCUCUGGCCACUACACUUGCAGCAACUCUUAUAGUAACUAAUACUGUGCCAUCAACCAGAGCUGUAUGCGGAGUAUCUGGAUACUGUUAUUGGAGAAUAAAUAGCAGUUACCUCUUAGGAAGCUUCAGGGUCAAAUGAGUACAGUCUUCCUCCAUUUUAAAAGGAUAGUUUUUUUCUAGAAAAAAAUUCUUACAGGUUAGUUUCAUUAGUUAAAAAUAUAGCUAUCAGGGCAGGAGAGAUGUCUCAGUGAUUAAGAACAAUUGGUAUUCUUGAAGAGGACUCCGUUCAGCUCCCAGUCCCUGGGUGGUGAUUUUCAAACAUCUGUAAGUAGGAAUCUGAUGCUUUCUUCUGACUUAUUCAGACACGUGGCAUGCACGGAGCACAUAUACAUAUAUGCAGGCAAAGCUCACAGACAUACUUUUUUAAAGACAAAGUAAAUGGGGGAGAUCUCAGCAUAGUGGUACCCACCUUUAAUCCAAGUACUUGGGAAGCAGAAGCAGGGAAGGGUAAGGCAGAGUAGAAUAUACAAAAAACCAUGGGAAAAGAUCAAGAUAUGCUACAUACAUGUUAUGGAUUCCAAGGAGAGGAGGAGAGGAAAUCAUUUCUGAAAUUCCUGUUAGAAUUCAAUUAUUUUUGUUUUUGGAGACAAGGUCUCUGUAGUCUGGCCUGGCCUGAAGCCUGCGUGCCUGGCUUUUGUUUUGUUUUGUUUUGUUUUGUUUUGUUUUGUGUUGCUGUGUUGUUGUUGUUGUUGUUUUUGAGACAGGGUUUCUCUGUGUAGGUGCUUACAUACUUCAAGAUAGUACCAGAAUUAUAAGCAACAUGAACACUCACUGAAUAACACAACUAACUAACAAAGUGCUAUCCCUUUGGUAAGACAGAAAAUGUUGGCAAAUUGAAAUCUUUCUUGAUGAACAACAACCAGGAAGUUUCUAAGAUAUUUUAAUUUCUACUUUAUUUCCUUGGUUAGUCAAUUACUAAACUUAAGGUCUUUUUUAAAAUCCUACUUGGAGUGAACACUGAAUGAUAGUUACUGUCCCAUGAAGCUCAAAGUUUUGGUUGAUUUAUUUGCUUGUCAUUUAUGGUAUAAAAUAUAAAUAGCAUAAAAAUAAUUGGAUUGAAUAUGAUAGACUUAUUUGUGAGUAUAAAAUGUGGAUGACAUGGGUUAAAGUACAUUAAUAUUUACACCUGAUGUGUGGUAAGAUAUAAAGCAAUAGUAUAAAUUGGGACAAUUGAUCUUGUUGGCCACUUUAGUCUCCUGAAGGAGUGAAGUGAAGGUGUGUAUACGCACAAAAAUUCUUCUACUCUUAGCAAAAUUAAGUGUUUAAACUAAUGUUAUUUUUAACUAACAGAAGAAAUCCUGUGAUGUCAUCAUCAAAAGUGUGGAGAAAAUUCUAUAGCUAUCUAGAAGAAUAAUAAAGCCACUUCUUAGCCUUA